AUGAACUUCACCUAUCCCUAUGGCGUUCAUCAGCCUCUGACCUACUGGAACCAUAGCUAUGGACUACACGGCGGAGGCACGAACAGGUCGAUGGGGAAGGGUUACGCACUGGAGGGGUGCUACGAGCAACUUUUCGUCUCCCCCGAAGUGUUUGUCACCCUAGGCUUCGUCAGCUUGCUCGAGAACGUGCUGGUGAUCGCGGCCAUCGCCAAGAACAAGAACCUGCAUUCGCCGAUGUACUUUUUCAUUUGCAGCUUGGCCGUGGCCGACAUGCUCGUGAGCGUCUCGAACGGCUCGGAGACCAUCGUCAUCACCCUGCUGAACAACACCGACGCCGACGCGCAAGGCUUCACCGUGAGCAUCGACAACAUCAUCGACUCGGUCAUCUGCAGCUCCUUGCUGGCGUCCAUUUGCAGCCUGCUCUCAAUCGCCGUGGACAGAUACUUCACGAUAUUUUACGCUCUCCAGUACCAC